GGGAGAGAGACAGCCAAAAGAUUGUCAUCUUUUCAAUCAAAAGUGGAAAAAUUUUCUUACACGUAGAUUUUCAGCCUUCUUGUAGCUGUUUUUGUCGAUUACUGCCUAGUGAAAAUCGCAAAAUUCUCGUGCAAAACGCGUUCGCUGGUCUAGUGUUGAUUGUGGUAUCGGUCGUCUUCGGAAUGCGGUACGCGUAAGGAUUGCUUCUGACCCUCAUCGACAACCCCAAAGACGACGGCGGCGGCAGUGCAGUGAAAAUGUUCAAGAAACUCAAGGAGAAAAUCACCGAGGAGGUGAAGCAAUCGCCCCAGCGAUUUGAGCAACUGUCCAAGGGUUUACAGGCUGCUGUAAGCUCCGCUUCUUCAACUACGUCGGAAGUAUCAGGCAGCGAAAACUUUUUCAGCAUUACUGAAGAUGACACACCUCAAAAUUCACCGUUACGUAAAUCUCAAACGCUGAGCAGCACCAGCACACCGGUAGCACCGAGCCAAGUCACCAACAAUACGCUUGGCAACAAUAGUAGCAACAGCACCUCGGUGGGAUCUACCACAGCCAAUGCCAGCAGUGGUAACGCCAGUUUCAGCAGUGGAUCUUUCUUCGCUAACCUGACCGGUGGGAAUAUGGCCAACAGUAGCAGCAGUAGCAUCGCUCACAACAAUGGCGUCUCACCGACCGUCAACAGAUCCCGCCGGUUGUCCAACUCCUCCAUGGCAAGCGAUGUUUCCUUCCGGUUACCGGCCUAUGAUUCACCUGCUGUCUACCACCUCGAAACGGACAUCGAUGUUUCAGCGAGCGAAACCGAAUCGGUUUCCGGCGCUGCUGCUACCAACGGUCAGCUGGAUCUCGUAAGCAAAGAGAAACUCUUCCAAGCCUACAAGAAAGCUCUGGAUCGGUACCAAAAGUAUCGAGAACGAUACACCGAACUGGCUCGUCGCUAUCGGGACCUGGAGAAGGAUAACAGCAAGGCGCGAUCGGUGCUGGUAGAAACCCAGGACAAGGCGCUGCGAAGGAUUAGUGAACUUCGAGAGCAAUGCUCACUGGAACAGCAAGCCAAGGCUCACCUCGACUCGGCACUGCGGAUGGAAAUCGACGAGCUCCAGUGUGUGGUGAAGACGCUGAAAACCAAACUGGAAGCCGUUGGUGAUGGGGCGGACGAAACAGCCAAAUCUGAAAAGGAUUUGAUUUCGUUAACGGCGGACGAAGGUGGAUUGGAAGAGAAAUUGAAGGCCUUAGAAGCCAGGCUGAGCGAAGAGAUAAAGUUGAAGGAAGCGUUAAGCCAGGAAGUCGCCAUGCUGAAGAUGCGAGAGGAAGAGCAUGCUUUGUCGGUAGCAGAAAACAAAAUGGCAAUUCAUUCAGAAUUGGAGAGUAAAGAAAAUGAAGUGCGAAAGCUUAAGGAACAACUGCAAAGCAUCGAAAAAAAUAUGAAGCAAGUGCUGGUAGAUAAAGAUGUGCUGGGAAAAGAAGUUGCCGAUUUGAAGAACAAAUUGGCGGCCGCUGAGAAAAGAGUGAAGGAUCUUGAUAGUACGGUGGCUACUUGCAAUGAACAGAAGAAUAAAUUGGAGUCCAAAUUUGUAGAAUUUGAGAGGAAAAUUCUUGAGCUGGAAAAGGAAAAGCAUCGAAUGAAAACGAUCACCAUCAAUUUGGAGCAGGAGAAGAGCGACCUUUCUAAGAAUAUCGAAGAAUCUACUGAAAAAUUAGAAAAGGUGCUCAGCGAGAAGGAAGCUUUAUCAGCCAAAGUUCGGGAACUGGAGGAAAUAUUCAAGAGUUUAAGCAGCACUGAAGAAGUUGAAAACCUCAAAGCUCAGAUUGAAGAACUUUCUGUUUGUAAGGACGAGAUGCAGAAGAAAAUUGAUUCGACAUUAGGACAACUGGAGAAAGCACAUUCGGAGCAGAAUGAACGCGAAAAGAAUAAUACUGAAGUACAGCUUAACUUGCAACAGCUUCAACAAACUAUCUCUGAUAAAGAGAUCUCUAUUCAAGAACUCCAAUGCCAAAUACAAAAACUAGAAACUGCUCAUACCGAAGAGGAGUCCAAACUACUAUCAACUCAAAAGGAACUAGAAGCAAGGAACAAAAAGCUAAUCGAACAAGAAGAUGAGAUUAUUAGACUGAAGAAAACGAUUUCUCUCGAUAGUGAGCGCCUAAUUGAGGUCACAAAGGCUCUAGAUGCUGCUAAGGAAGUACACGAGAAAGAUCGGGCGAGCAAUGAAGCCAGUCUGAAGGAAGUUUUUGACCAGAAUAAUCAUCUCACUUCUGAGUUGAAGCAGUUCAAGGAGAAGCUAGAGAAAGUCAACUCAAAGUUCAAGAAAAUAACGGAAGAGAAGGGCAGCCUCAAGUCGCAAAACGAACAGUUGCAAUCGGACAUCAAGAACUGCAAGCAGGAGAUGAACAGCUUGCUCCAACAAAAAGCAUCCCUUGCGGAAGAAAUUCGGAAUAUGAAAAUUAUCAACGAAAACUCCGAGUCCGAGGCUUUGGAGACUUUGCAGGAGUCUAUGAGAUCUAGCUUAGCUCAAGCCGAAGAGCGUCUCCUGGAAACUACACGCGAUUUGAAUCAAGUGAUAGAGCUAAAAUCGGAAGAAAACAGAAAGCUAAGUGAGGAACGCGAUGAAGUGGUGGAGAAGCUGGAUGCAGUUCAAAAGGAAAAGGAAGAUUUGGCGACAGAAACAACGACUCUCAAAGGCAAAGUAGAAACGCUGCGAAACGAGAAGAAGGACUUGGAAAAGACCCUCGAACGAGAGAUUCGAGAAAAGACGGAACUCAAAGCGCAAGUUACCAACAUUCUGCAAGAGAUCGGUCGAUUGGAGGAGCAGCUCAAAGAUGUUAAGAACUCACAUUCGGCUAUUCUGAACGAGAAACAAACAUUGGAAGAAAAGAUUGAACGAUUACAGCGUCAGCACUCCGAAGCCAAGAGCAAAGCAGACAAGGAAAAUACACAUAAGUGGCAGGCAAAGAUCAAGGAAAGCGAAACCAAGUUGCAGCAAGUCGAAUGUGAGAACUCUCAACUGGCAGAUAAGAAUUGCCUACUGGAGGAGAACAAUCGAAGAACUUCCGAGGAGAUCAAGAAGCUGCAAACUGCUUUGCAAGAGGCCGAAACCGCACUGAAACAUGAGAAGAAAAAGUCUAAAGAAUCACAUGCGAACGUCGAAGACUUGAAGAAGAAGUGCCAGGAACUAGAGGAGAAAGUCAAAACAGCAACUGACCAGUUGAAUCAAUGUACCGGAGAUCAUGCCAAGCUGUUCAAUGAGAAGGAGCUACUUGACCAUCAAUAUAGGUCACUUCAAGAUCAGCUAGAAGCCAAGGAAAAGGAGAAGCUUUGUGUGCUAGAUAACAACAAUUGUUUGACCGAGGAGUUAGCAACAUUAAGGACAUCAACUGCGUCAUUAGAAGAGGAAAAACAAAAGCUAUCGGAAGAAUGUGAUGUACUAAAGGCGGAAAUCGAUAAGGUUCGAGCAGAAAACGAAUAUUUGAAGGGUAAACAAGGCGAGUUGAAGGCCAAAUUGGAGCAGGAAAAGCAGACUAUCCUGGAACAGAAUGAAGCUCUCCACAAAGAAAUCGACGCCAUGAAGAACAGCAACCAAAAUCGAUUGUCCGAGCUGGAAUCCCUGAUCAAAAAAGCGAACGAAGAGAAGCAAUCCUUCAGUAAGAAUGCCACAGAUCUGGAAAAGAAACUAGAAUCAUACGAGGAGAUCAAAAUCGAAAACGAAUACCUCAACACCCUCAUCAAACAACUGGAAGGAGAACUUCACACAGUAAAAGAAGAGAGUUCCAAGCUGCAAGCGACGCUAGGGACGAAGGAAUCCGAAAUCAGCAGCCUAAAAGCCAAACUAAGUCAAAUAGAAACUGGUGUAGAAGAAAAGGAUCAAGAGAUUAAAAAACUGAUCAACGAAUUUGUUGGGAAAGAACACGAGCUGAAAGCCAAAAUUCUGACAGUGGAGCAUGGCAAGGCUGAAGCCGAUAAGAAGGUCAUCGAGCUGUCGGCCGCUAGUGAAGCUGAAAAGGCGAAACACGACGAACUCACCAGUCGGAGUGCCGAAGAGCGGAAAAAUUUAGAAACCAAACUAGAAGAAGCAACGAAGGCCCAAACGGCGCUGCAAAACGAGCUUGAACAAACCAAGACUGAGCUGGAGGAAGUCAAAAAUAAGGAGCAGACUGCGCUAAGUGAUCUUGAGCAGGAGAACAAAACUAUGCGGGAGCGGCAAAGCGAAGUCGUCGAGGAAAUCAGUCGACUGAAGAAGGAGCUGCAGAGUGCGAAUGAGUUAAAGCUCGAAAACGAAAACUUUGCACGAGACUUGGAUGAGCUGAAAAGUGAGUUGAAUGUCGCCAUGGCGGAGAAAUUGGAACUGGUAGAGCAACACUCCAAGUUGAAGGAUAAGUUUGAUGGUUUUAGUGCGGAGACGGAGCAGAACGUACAACGGUUUCAUGCGGAGAUAGAGCAGUUACGUCAGAAUCCCAGCGGAACAGUGGACGAUCAUCAACAGCUAGAGGAACGGGGCAAAGCACUGGAAGAGAUGCGCAGCAGGAAGGAAGAGCUGGAGAACAAACUGAAAAAGAUUAUGCACGAAGUGCAGGACGUGUCCAACAGGAACUUGUUCCUGGAGCAAAAGUGUGAAAACUAUCUGAUUCUGGAACAGUCGAACGAGCGGUUGAAGCUGCAGGUUGAGAAGCUGUCGCGACAGUUGGAUGAGACGUUGGUUUCAAUGCAUCAUAAUGAGGGAAUUGCGGCCAACACCGAAUUCGAGUACUUACGGAAUAUUCUGUUCCAGUAUCUCAGCGGUAACGUGACCGGUAACAAUUCCACCUUGGUAAAGGUGAUAGCAGCCGUUCUGAAAUUCACACCUCAGCAGACCCAGGUCGUACUGGAGAAGGAGGCACAUCGUCGGUCAUUGAUGGGACAGAUCAACAAUCUUCUAUAGCAGGAAAAAGUCACCGCUGUUCAGCAGCAGCUACUGCAUCCUUCCCGUCCCAAGCACCACCGGUACUACUAACUAACUAGUGCGGUGGGCACAGGGCACGCACAGAAGGUUUGUCUGUAAAUAUAAUCUCUUAUGUGUUAAUCUUCGCCGUUCCCCGGAUAUCCUCGCUCUCCCCCAUUCUUGAAAGCGUGUUCAUCUGAAAUUCAGAUGAACCGUCCCGAUGCUAAUCAGUUGUUGUGUGAUCACAACUGAUCGAAAUUGGUAUGAAUUUGAAAACACCAGAGAGCUGUAGGUACAGAUGGAACGUCUGCGAACAGAAAACUGGAAACAAAAGAUUAGUAAUGUGUUCAAUUCUAGCAGAAGAUACGAUGCAAAAAUCUUUCAGAAGAAAAAGGUUUACCUGCUGUCCAAUUUUUUGGGCGCGGCUACCGCAAUCGAAUGAGUGAAGUUAUAGAUCGAUAAUAUUAUAAAAUUGUAGCAAAAUAGCGAAAUGCCCACCAAUGGGUGCAAAUACCGCAAGCAUGGUGCUCAUAUGCAAGCCUGCUUGUUAAAGUUACGGUUAUUAGCUAAAGGGAAAGAACCACAAAACUACGAUGUCAGCAAAAUUUUAUAGAAACGAUGUGCAGCAAGCUUGAAGCAAAAGGUACGACAGGCCAAUUUAAACAACCACUUCUCGUCUACUAACUCAUAGAACAAACUACCUACCUAAGGAGCACAUAUUAUUAUUCAUCUUAGUAGACUAGGGAAAAAACAAAGUAACUCAAACCACACGCCGCCGCCGCAGGGGUUUCACAGUGCUUGCGCAGUAGACUGCGAUUUAUUUUUGGUCAUUCUGUAAAACAUAAAAGGGAUUCUUCUAGACUCCAAACACUGUACAAUUGCUUUGAAGGUAUUAUGCUUUCAACUUUUUUCCAAAUCUUUAUACCUAAUUAUGUGCAUGUGGUUUAAAUUCACCAAAAUACAAAUCUAGGUUUUAGGCAAUUUCAAAAAUCAAGACCUACUAUUUGUUGCAAUGCCAACCUGAUUAAGAGUACUGCUGCUGCAAUCCCUUUAAACUUAUGCGUUUCGUGACUGUAUUUAUGAUAGGUUAUUUGAUCCAAAAUGGUGGGGCAGUUUAUUUGUUGUGCAUUUUUUCGCUAAUCCUCCCGACCCUAUGUGGCACCGACCUGUGACUGGAUCGAUUUAUAAAGUGUAUGUAUAUGUUUAUAUUUUACUGUUAUCUAAUGCUUUUAAGAUGUAUAGUUUUUAACGUAACUACUGCGAUGCAAUAUAUAAAUGUUUAGGUUUAAUAUAAAAAAACACAUGAGGAGGGACUAAGAAUAUUUUUCUAAUCGGUUUUUAGUUGUGAUUAAUAUCCUCGAAGAUUCGUACUGGGCUCUUUGUAGCUUUCGCUAGCUCGGAAACUGUUGGUUGUUCUUAACCUCACACACAUGGUAUGAUAAUGUGUAUACGUACUAGAAUUUACUUACGACGGUUUGACUGCACGUGUAAGGCUCGAUAAAUUGGUUCCCCGCAACAACUUAGCUAGAGGAGAUGAAUGUCGAAGCCGGUACAGAUGAAUUCACGAGUGCACCAGCACCUUUAUCUGUAAGUAAGGCAUACAAAACCGGUUGAUGCCGGAAAUCAACGUGAUAUUUUGUGACGAAGUUUCCGGACCACAGUGCAAUAUUCGUUUCUAUCGAAGUCGAGAAACGUCCAUUUUGACACGAAGCUACGUGAAUUCAUGUGUACCGUUGGAUGCAUAUUGAUAGUUAGGUUUAGGUAAAUGAUUCAAUGGAUAAAUUAUUCUUGGGAUUGGUACGGUUUGUUUAUAUCAAUUGAUGGAAAAUCUUGUAUUUAAAGAAGAGCACUUCACACUCGAGGAAAAAAACUAGAAAAAUGAGCUAUUUUGCCCUCUGGCCAAUGAACAAUGGCAGCUAUUAAAGAAUACAGAUGAUAAUAUUAUUAUUCUUCUUCUUCUUCUUCUUGGCAUAAAGUCCCCUCUCGCUUCCUAGAUAAGUGUUCUUUGAGAACUUCCACAGUUAUUAAAUGAGAGCUUCCUCUGCCAAUGACCAUUGUGCAUGUGUAUAUCGUUUACCAGGCACGAAGAUACUCUAUCUCUAUGCCCAAAGAAAGUCAUAGAAAAUUUCCUUUACGAAAAGUUCCUGGACCGACUGGGAAUCGAACCCGUCGCCCUCAGCAUGGUCAUGCUGAAUACCCACGCCUUUACAGCUGUGGCUAUAGGAGUCCUUGUCCAAGUCAACGAUGAUCUUGCUCAAAGUUGCUGCAUCCAUUACGUGAGGGUUUAACAGUGCCUACUGUUUCAGAAUCCCAUAGUAGCUAUUCUUCAAGAAUUCUGGAGUGGCUGCUCUGAGAGAAAAUCCGAGUAGCUUUACAGAAGUACUAAAGAAGAUCUCAGAGUUUCCAAAAGGUGAUCAAGUAACAAUUUAAAGUCUACUUACCAUAGAUACUGCAGCGAUGCAGUAUUCCAGAGACCAAUGUAUUUCGGAAAAUACCCGUACAAAUGCCAGACCCUCCUAUUGAAAAGGUUCGAAGGAUUUUUGCCAAGCUCUUACACAUGUUUAUUGUCGUUCGGAUGUAUUAACGACUUCAAUUGAAGUUUCUUUAAACCUUUCUUUUUAUUUAUCUACAAUCAUAACUUUUUAACCUACAAAAUGAAAUAUGCGUUGUACAUUUUUUGUCUCUUGUGGGCGUUGUGCUAAAACUGUCAUUUUAUCCCGAGCACGAGAGAUGCAGUCAAACGUUGUGGUGAAACAUAGUUAAAAAUCGCUAGGUGCGCCGCCCGUAUUUAUAUUUUCCAAACCGCGCGCGAUCAUUAAAAAAAAAGUCUACAUCUCCCUUGUUUUGUUUUCACUUUGUUCGAAUUUUAGUAUCCUAAUAUACACUUAUACAAUUGAUAGGUUUUAAGUAUCGUUUAAGUUUCAAGAGACAAAUGCAGCAGAGAAACACUUUCAAUUUCAAAUUGAACAAACAUGUGUAUCCAAUUUUAAACCGACAGACAGACAUUAAAAAGUAUAAAAAUUCUAAAAACUAUCAUUGAAAAGAAUUACAUGCCACUUAUCAGUA